AUGAUCCCCCCAGCUCUAUGGAUGACCCUGGUCCUGUACAUCACACUGGGGACACAGUGUGAUGCCGGGGCCUCCGUCUCCCUCCCAGAAUCCCUCCUCUUCGUGUCCACGCUGGAUGGGAGUUUUCACGCUGUCAGUAAGAAGACUGGAGAUGUGAUGUGGACCCUGAGAGAUGAUCCUGUCAUCCAAGUCCCGCUCUACGUCUCUGAACCCGCUUUCCUGCCGGACCCCAGCGAUGGAAGCCUGUACAUCUUGGGGGGAAGAAACAAGGAAGGACUUAUGAAAUUACCCUUCACCAUCCAGGAAUUGGUCCAGUCCUCU